UGAAUUUCGGAGAAGAAGAAGAAGAAGAAGAAGAUGGAGUCAGAAACAGGACGUUGCGUCUAAUCUGGGAACCUGCAGACUGCUGAACAUCAGUAAACCCGAACGGCCGCGGAUCACCGACAACGGGACUCGAAUUGGGUUCACCGGGCUCACUGACGCUCCUCCCUUCAUCCACUCAUCAUGGUGGACUACUACCAGGUUUUAGGAGUACGGAGAGAUUCGUCUGCGGAGGACAUUAAGAAAGCCUACAGAAAGCUGGCGUUGAGGUGGCACCCUGAUAAGAACCCAGAGAACAAGGAGGAUGCUGAGAUAAAGUUCAAGGAGCUGUCGGAGGCCUAUGAAGUCCUGUCAGAUGCCAACAAGAGGACCAUGUAUGAUCGCUAUGGCAAAGAGGGACUGACGGGGAGCAACGGAGGAAGAGGGCAUUUCCACAACGGAGACCAUUUCCACGAACAGUUCACAUUCCGCAACCCAGACGACGUCUUCAGGGAAUUCUUUGGAGGCAGCGACCCGUUUGCAGACUUCUUCGGUACAGAUCCAUUUAGUGAUGAUCCGUUCUUCGGCAGCGGCCGGCGGCACCAAAGUCGGGCGAAUCGCAACCGGACAGGCGGCUCGUUUUUCGGAGGCUUUGUUGGGUUUCCUCCGUUCGGUGCUGGCUUCUCACCUUUUGACCCAGGCUUCGGCUCCUUCGGCUCCAUGGGUCACAUGGGUCACAUGGGUCAUAUGGGUCACAUGGGUCACAUGGCACCCAUGGGCAGCCUGGGAGGCGGAGGCUUCACCUCUUUCUCCUCCUCCUCCUUUGGGGGAGGAGGAGGAGGAGGAGGAGGAGGCAUGGGCAACUUCCGCUCCGUGUCCAGCUCCUCCAAGAUCAUCAACGGCAGGAAGAUCACCACUAAAAGGAUCGUGGAGAACGGUCAGGAGCGGGUAGAGGUGGAGGAGGACGGCCAGCUGCGGUCACUAACCAUUAACGGCAAGGAGCAGCUGCUGCGACUGGAACACAAGUGAAGACGGAGAGCGCCCCCUGCUGGAGAAGCGUUACCUCAGCACAAACAGACCAACAAACUUGAGCUUGGAACGGAAGGAAGAGGAGGAAGAGGGAAAAAAAGCAACAAAACAAUGUAAUAAUAGUGCUCUACUGUUGUUUGGAUGUACAUAGUUAGGUUUGUGUUUAUUUCCCCUCAUGUCCUCUGUCCCUGCUGACUCAUUUGUUAAUCAAAGGGUCGAAUCCCAGGAUUUGGACGCAGACUUUUCUAUGCAUUUUUGUUAAUGUAUUUGUGAAUUGGAGCUGUCCUUAUAUUUUGGCUCAGGGUGGUGUUAUUGUUUCAGUGUUUGGGACCACAGUUUUGCUCUGAUGUAUGUCCCCCCCCCCCCCCCCCUCUCUCUCUCUCUCACACACACGUUCCUGUAUGCACUCCACUCAGUGUGUGUGUGAUGGCACACACACACUGCGUUCAGAAAACAAAGCAUGACUUUUGCUUUUUCAUCUGAAUAGUAAAAAAAAAAGUGUUGCGUUUGUUUUUGUUUUU